AUGGCAGCCUCCCAGUUUCUUUAUGCACCUUAUCUUGACACGCUCUCCGACAGGCCUUUUAGCCGGGUCCCUGAAGAUGCGCGGGUCAAGCAGGAGCUCUGCGAAGUUCGUGUCCCGCCGCAUGCUAUCACCGAACUCAAGCGUCUCAUUCAGACGGCUAGACUUGGCCCUGAGACGUUUAACACAAAGUAUGGCUUAACCGGCUUGUGGAUGAAAGAGGCAGUUCAAGCAUGGACGGAUGUGUCUACUUUUAACUGGGCAAAGGUUCAAGACUAUAUCAACAGUGUCCCACACUUUAAAAGCGAAGUGGACUAUCAAGGUCACUCAUAUACAGUCCACUACGUGGCUCUCUUCUCCAAACGCAGCGAUGCUAUACCUGUGGUUAACAUCCACGGCUGGCCUGGCUGCUUAGAGGUCCUUCCACUCAUGAACCUCCUCCAGGAAAAGUACACCCCUGAUACGCUCCCCUACCACUUUAUUGCUCCGUCGAUGCCAGGCUACACCUUCUCUUCAGGACCCCCAAAUAAUCACGACUUCUCCACCUUGGAUACGAGCCGCAUCUUUCGGAUUCUUCUCCACCAGCUUGGCUUCGAUGACAUACCGUAUAUCGUAGUAGGCGGCGAUAUUGGUAGCCACGUGGCCCGCGCUCUCGCCGUCGAAGACGCUGCCUGUUCAGCUAUCCACCUAAACUUCUGCUUCGAUGGUAACAUGCACGCUACGCGCCCCGCAACUAUCGGCUCUAUCCUAAUCUCUGAUCCUAUAGCGCUCCUCGCUGGGAUCGGCGAGAAGUUCGCGGCCUGGACUAACAAGACGCCUACGCUCAACACGAUCCUCACGUUUAUCACGGUCUACUGGCUCACAGAGACCUUCCCGCGAAGUAUAUACCGCGCAGACUUUGUAUCUAGCGAUGUGGUUCCAUCGCAUGGAAAUCCGCGCUGGUGUAUUCCGGAUGGAAAGCCAUUUGGAUUCUCAGCCUUCUCAAAAGAGAUUCUACCGGUGCCGAGGGCGUGGAUAGAGAGGACGGGAAAGGUUACUUUCUGGAGGAAGCAUAAGAAGGGCGGUCGUUUUGCGGCGUUAGAGGUGCCGGAGGUGAUGUUGAGGGAUUUGGAGGAUUUUGUGGCGCAUGCCACUGAGGCUCGUAAACCUAUAUCGAAGGAUGAUCGGAAGUAA